UUGAAUUAAAAAGAGCCAUUAGGGUGCAAUUCCAUUUGCCAACUGGCCUCAACAGAGCUGGACCGUCUUUCUAAUUCCAUUUUCUCUUUUCUCUCUUUCUCUCUCAUUUCAAGGUCCGGAAAAGCGAGCAAUCUGAUUAUCAUCUUCUCUCAAUUUGGAUCGGAAGUACAGAGAGGAUGGCCUGCAGAGGGUGCUUUGAGUGCCUAUUGAAGCUUUUGAACUUCUUCUUGUCCCUGCUGGGUCUUGCCAUGGUGGGCUAUGGGAUUUACUUAUUGGUUGAGUACUUGCAAUCUCAUAGUGAUGUUCCAGGACCUUCGUUGAGUGGUGAUCAUGAUCUGGUCCAGCUUGGUCGACCAAUGCUAAUGGCUGUGUCUCUGUCUUCUAGCAUCUUUGACAACCUUCCAAAAGCCUGGUUCAUAUAUUUGUUCAUUGCUACGGGAGUCACUAUCUUUGUUGUCUCUUGUUUUGGCUGUAUUGGAGCUGCAACACGUAGUGGAUGCUGUUUAAGUUGUUAUUCGAUUUUAUUGCUUCUACUGAUUUUGGUUCAACUAGGAUGUGGUGCCUUCAUAUUCUUUGACAAAAAUUGGAGAGAUGAAAUUCCUGGGGACAGAACAGGAAACUUUGAUAAGAUCUAUGAACUUCUGGAAAGCAAGUGGGAAAUCAUCAGAUGGGUUGCACUAGGAACUAUAAUUUUUGAGGCUCUCCUUUUCUUGUUGGCUCUUGUGGUUCGUGCAGCAAACAGACCUGUAGACUAUGACAGUGAUGAUGAAUACAUUGCUCCAAGGCAACAAAUCCGACAACCGUUGAUCAAUAGGCCCGUUGCUCCAGCAACAGGUGUGCCUGUUGCUGGGACACUUGAUCAACGACCAAGUCGAAAUGAUGCUUGGAGUACACGAAUGAGGGAAAAGUAUGGGCUGGAUACUUCGGAGUUCACGUACAACCCAUCUGAGUCUCACAGGUUUCAGCAAGUUGCUCCUCAGCCAGCCGAAGAAAAGAGCCGCUGCACAAUCAUGUGAUAAAAGUAUGCCUUGUACUAUUUGUUUCUCACUCCACUGUAGUGUUUUAGCGGGUCCGAAUGCUUGUGCCCGCUUGUGUUCACUUGUGUAUAACCAAGAGGUUUUUCCAGAGGCUUUACUUGUGUAACCUUAACUUUUCAGAAAAAAAAAAGUUGUGACUAUUUUUGUGUGAAACCAUUCUUCUACAUUUGGAUUUGUCCUUUUGUUCAAGAUGGAAUGGGUCAGUAUAGGACCAAGGAAAAUGAUUGUAAGCUCCAUCUCAAUUGUGGAAAAACUGCUUGCUGGAAGUUACUUUUAAUUGUGAGUUCAAUCCAAAGUAAAUAUGAAAUGUUAUUAUGAGUCA